CGUUUAUAAUUAUAUUUUAUACCUCCUGUAAAAGCAGGGGCCAAGCAAAUCAAAAGCUUACUCUAAGCAAUCGAGACUUUUUUUUUUAUUCUAUUUCUAUCUACAAAACUAUGUCGAAAAACAUCCAGUUACCAGAAGAGGUAAUAGGUAUUAUAUUGGAAUAUGUGUCCAGGCAAGACCUUAUUCAAUGCCGACUUAUCUGUCGCAAUUGGUACCUUCCAGCCACACGAUUGCUAUUCAAAGAGGUCAUGUUCAACAGUCUUCAACAUUUUCAACAAUUUCUUGAUGCUUUCCGACCAACUUCAUUUCAAUAUCCUCCAGCAAGCUAUUUCAUCAAAGGACUAGUCUUUAGCGGGCGGUUUACAGGAUCACUGUCAUCACAACAAUUCGAAAUUCUUGUCAAGCAAUGCCCAAAUGUUGAAGUAGUGUUUUCACUGAAUGAUCGUUUUGAGAAGCAUAUUGCGUAUCAUUUAUUGAGCAUCAGCAAUGAAUUACAAUGGCGACGACUCAAAUCACUUCCAGACUCAUACCACACUUUUGACUUACACCACAAGUAUCGAAACUCACUUGUAGAAGUACAUACAAAUGAGUUUGAGAAUAUAGAGAAUUUUGACUUCUUGCAACUUUUUCCAUGUGUUCGGGAGCUUGAUAUACCCAAUCUGCCAAUACAUAGCUUGAACGAACUACGGACGAUAUUGAAGGUAUGCCCCCAUCUUCAGUUUCUAAGGGCGCAGCUUCCUCCUGACGAGCGACAUGAGCUUACUGAACAACAGUGUUCGUUACUAAAGGAACUUAGAGCGGUUCAAUAUCGGAACUGUCAUGGUGAAGCACUUGAAUACCUGAUGAAUGCCUCCAGUCAACUCCAAUUUUUACAUCUAGAAGUCGAUAGUACAACGCUUGAUGACCCACUGGAACAAACAACGUUUCGUCAGAUUGCUGCCAAGAUGUACAUGCGGCCGCAUUUUCGUCUGUCUUUGUCAACUGAACGUAAAAAUGAUAUCCAACUCAUCCUUCGAGAGUAUCUCGAUAGUCUUUGCCAACCAGAACAUUUGAGCUCAAGUCACACCAAGCUACACUUUUGGGAAGAACAGGAAGACCACCACGGAACUGUCUGUUUUUCGGCAGACUGGAAUCGGAAAAAAGACAGUGACUCAUUUAAACUCAACAUGGCUAUUCGUCCAUCCGUGUGUUUUUUCCAAGACCUCCCUCGAUACAUCGGUAAGUUUGGUCCAUUACUCAAGGAAUUAUAUCUUGAUCGACGCGAGAUGGGCAAUGGUCAGGAAGAUGCACGAACAGUGAUGAAUAUUAUCAAACAGUUUUCGGCACUUCACACCGUGGGACUCGGCCAGUUUGUCCUUCGCAAGAUCGAUCCUUUGAACAUUCAAAACGCCUCGAUUGAAUCAGUUGAUAUUGGAGCAUCUUUUAUCUACCCUCAGUUCCUUCAGGACCUCUCGAUUUACUGUCCAAACCUUAAGCAUCUUUGCUUGGAGAGCAACCAGCAUAAGACACAACGGCAGGUCAACCUUUAUACUGGUGAAAAUGGCUGGCUUGUCAGUCUCAGUAUGCCUCAAACGUAUCUCGAGACAUUCAAGUUUUGGCUCUGCUACCGCCGUCAUCCACUUGAUGAGGAUCGUCCUGUGUGGAUAAUGGAGAUCAAGACAGACGCAAGAGAGCUUUAUUAUAGAAUCAGCUAUGACCAAGAUGAACCGAAAAAAAUCACUUCGAUGGAAGCUCAUAUGUUGUCAUCAUCAGGACAGGUCCGCUUUCAAUGUAAAGAGAUAAAGCAGUUUAUUUUAAAUGGAGUUUAUUGUUGUUGCUGAUGAAUGUCAUGGAAAUAAUAAUAAAAAAAACACCGACAAGCUAAUUACAUUAUAUGUCUUGGCAUGACGGAUAUUACACCUAAUUCUUAAUGAACCUUUAAGGCUUUAUGCUUACAAUAACCAAUGAUCAUUCUAUAAC